AUGCCGAGAAGCGGCGCCGCGUCUGCGGCCAAGGUGCUGCCCAUCGACGUCCCGGACGUGGCGCUGUCGGAGCUGAACCGGCUCACGGGCAACUUCGGGGACAGGGCGCUGGUCGGGGAAGGCUCCUACGGCCGCGUCUACCGCGCCAAGCUCGCCACCGGGGAGACCGUGGCGGUCAAGAUGUUCGACAACGGCAGCUCCUCCGGCCAGUCAGAGGCCGAAUUCUGCGAACAGCUGUCCGUGGUGUCCCGGCUCAAGUGCGAGCACUUCACCCAGCUGCUGGGCUACUGCCUGGAGCUCAACAACCGGAUCGUGCUCUACCAGUUCGCCACCAUGGGCUCCCUCUACGACAUACUCCAUGGGAAGAAGGGGGUGCAGGGCGCCGAGCCCGGGCCCGUGCUGACGUGGAGCCAGCGCGCGCGGAUCGCGUACGGGGCGGCGAGAGGCCUGGAGUACCUGCACGAGAAGGCGCGGUCGUCGAUCGUGCACCGCGACGUGCGCUCCAGCAACGUGCUGGUCUUCGACGGCCACGACGCCAAGAUCGGCGACUUCAACCUCACCAACCAGUCCCCCGACUCCGCCGCGCGCCUGCACUCCACCAAGGUGCUCGGCACGUUCGGCUACCACGCGCCCGAGUACGCGAUGACGGGGCAGCUGACGCAGAAGAGCGACGUGUACAGCUUCGGCGUCGUGCUCCUUGAGCUCUUGACAGGGAGGAAGCCCGUGGAUCACACCAUGCCCAAGGGGCAGCAGAGCCUGGUCACCUGGGCCACUCCGAGACUGAGCGAGGACAAAGUGAAGCAGUGCGUGGAUUCCAAGCUCAAGGACGACUACCCGCCAAAAGCCGUGGCCAAGCUCGCGGCGGUGGCGGCGCUGUGCGUCCAGUACGAGGCCGAUUUCAGGCCCAACAUGACGAUCGUCGUCAAGGCUCUGCAGCCCCUCGUGAAUGCUCGCCCAGGAGGAGAAUCACCACUCACCAGUAGCUAG